AGUGUGAUACUUAGUCCUUGUCAGUCCCCCAUGGCCCCGUGGAGCCGAGAGGCGGUGCUGCGUCUGUACCGGGCUCUACUGCGCCAAGGCCGAGACCUUCGCUACACUGAUAGAGACUUCUACUUUGCUUCCAUCCGCCGAGAAUUCAGGAAAAAUCAGAAGCUUGAGGAUCUGGAGGCUCGAGAGAAGCAGCUGGAGAAGGGCCUGGUCUUCCUCCAAAGCAAACUAGGAGGCCUUAUUUAGGAUCUUCUCUUCCCCUCCUACCCUAAUUCCAAGAAGAGGACAAAGGUGCCUUCAGUAGACGUUCCUGGCUACCCCCCCCCCCCCACCUUACAGAUGCAUUAGGAAGCCUCAGGUGAAAAUGGCAGGCGCUGGUGAGCGCAAAAGCAAGAAGGAUGACAAUGGCAUUGGCACAGCCAUCGAUUUUGUGCUCUCCAAUGCCCGGCUGGUGCUGGGUGUGGGUGGAGCAGCCAUGUUGGGGAUCGCCACACUGGCAGUUAAGCGGAUGUACGACCGGGCAAUCAGUGCCCCUACCAGCCCCACCCGCCUAAGCCAUUCAGGGAAGAGGAGCUGGGAGGAGCCAAACUGGAUGGGCUCUCCUCGACUAUUGAACAAGGACAUGAAGACAGGCCUGAGCCGGUCCCUGCAGACCCUUCCCACAGACUCUUCUGCCUUUGACACAGAUACAUUCUGCCCACCCCGGCCCAAACCAUUGGCCAGGAGGGGCCAGGUAGACUUGAAGAAGUCACGACUCCGCAUGUCCCUGCAGGAGAAACUUCUUUCUUACUACCGGAACCGGGCAGCCAUCCCUGCUGGAGAGCAGGCUCGGGCCAAGCAAGCUGCGGUGGACAUAUGUGCUGAGCUCCGGAGCUUCCUGCGGGCCAAGCUGCCUGAUAUGCCGCUUCGAGACAUGUACUUGAGUGGCAGCCUCUAUGAUGAGCUGCAGGUGGUGACAGCUGACCAUAUCCAACUCAUUGUCCCCCUUGUGCUGGAGCAGAACCUGUGGUCAUGCAUACCUGGGGAGGAUACCAUCAUGAAUGUCCCUGGUUUCUUCCUGGUUCGUCGUGAGAACCCAGAGUACUUUCCUCGUGGUAGCAGUUAUUGGGACCGCUGUGUUGUAGGUGGCUAUCUUUCCCCAAAGACAGUGGCAGACACCUUUGAGAAGGUGGUGGCAGGCUCCAUCAACUGGCCAGCCAUAGGGUCCCUCUUAGACUAUGUGAUCCGACCAGCACCACCCCCAGAGGCCCUGACACUAGAAGUGCAGUAUGAGAGGGACAAACAUCUUGUCAUUGACUUCCUGCCAUCAGUGACCCUUGGUGACACGGUCUUGGUGGCCAGACCACAUCGGUUAGCUCAGUAUGACAACCUGUGGCGGCUGAGCCUUCGUCCUGCUGAGACGGCACGCUUACGGGCUUUGGACCAAUCGGACUCCGGCUGCCGGUCUCUGUGCCUCAAGAUCCUCAAGGCCAUAUGCAAGUCCACUCCAGCUCUAGGCCACCUCACUGCCAGCCAGCUAACCAAUGUCAUCCUCCACUUAGCCCAGGAGGAGGCUGACUGGUCUCCAGACAUGUUGGCUGACCGCUUUCUACAGGCCCUGAGGGGACUCAUCAGCUACUUGGAGGCUGGGGUCUUGCCCAGUGCCCUGAACCCCAAGGUGAAUCUGUUUGCAGAGCUCACCCCUCAAGAGAUAGACGAAUUGGGAUAUACCCUCUACAGCUCGUUGUCUGAGCCGGAGGUGCUGCUGCAGACGUAGGGCAGGUAAAGGCCCAGACUCUCCGUUAGAAACACUUGGCUACGUGGUUGGUGCCUCACAGGGUCCCUAGGUGCCUCCUGUUUUGCUGGUAACUGUCCUGGUCACUUCAUGCUGAUUAGAAUGACAUCCCUUCGGUUUUCCCACCCAUCCCUAUUUUUGUAACCAAACACUGUGCUCCCUCCUUGCCACCUUACUCUAGGCUGAUUUUUUUUUUUUUUUUUGAACAAACAGAAGGUGUGGAGUGCUGUCCUCAGCCUUUGGGUGUUUUGUUUUGUUUUUGGCCCAGAUUUCUUACUUUUCUGUCUGCUGUGUCCUGUUCUGCCCCCGGCCUCUUCUUGUUCGCUGUCUUCUUUGACUUUCUCUUUCUUUGUGCACCUAUCCCCAGAGCACAUUUGCCUGAUGAAGAUGUUGCCUGUAGUUGAUGUCACAGAAGAGCGAUUGCAUGUUUCCAAGCUGAGCUCUGCAGUGUUUAGGUUCCCGGGUGAGGCUGCCAAAGAACCUCUGCCUUGGGGAAUCGGCCUUUGUCCCUGGUUCCUGGAAAACAAGCUCAUCUCUACCCUAUGCAACUCCUGUUUAUCUGAGCUAAGAAGUUUGAACCUGGGGAUGGUGCAUUGACCCACACUGAAGGCCCCAAUGCAGCUAUUUUAUUAGAGGUUUAUUGAGGUGCUUCUUUAUGGCUAUCAGUGAGAGCACAGGGGUAGGGUUCUAAAGCUGAUUUGGAGAGCCUGUGUGUCCCCACUGUUUGUUUCUAUAUGUGGUCAUCAAAGUCACUCAGAUAGGGAAGGCUUGGGGACUUCACAGGCAGCAUCUCUAAGAUGCUGGUUUCUCCUUAAUUGCUGGUUGAAGGUGGCCUUGCUUUAGCCACAGAGGCCAAGGGAAGGCAAAAGGAGGCAGUGUCAGGUGAAACCCAUGACCACAUUUGCUCUCUUGACAGGCUAUACCUUUCUUAGGUGUUGCCUUAGAGCAAGAAUAUACCCAGUGCCAGUACCUCCUACCUGACCUCAUCCUCAUUGACAUGAGAGUGUUUGCUGAGCACCGUUGGUACCUCCACAGGACAGACGCAUAUGACCAUGCCAGCCCUGGUCCACACUUGAUUCCUGGGGAGAUUGGUGCUACCUAGGAAGAAAGUACAUAGAUAAGACCCACAGAAAAGAUUUGGGGCUUCCCAUGUUGCUGCUAAGAUUGCUAUUUAUGGCCAUGUAAGCCGAUGGGUGGAGGAAGGGGCGUUUAGUAUGUCAUGUCAUGUUAUGUCAUGUCAGUGUAUCCUUUUUCUUCCAUUCUUGACAAGAGACUGACAGUAACUCUGGUUCUGAUUUGCCCGUCUAGUAUUGUGUUCUCCCAUCAGGUCUGUCUUGUUUAUCUAUUCUUACUACCUCUCCAUCAGUGUGAUUCUAGUGACGCACUCUGUGGCUGUGUUGGCCCUUCCUAAUGAGGGUGACACAAAAUGACUAUAAAUAGCACUGACCCUGCAGCAACCCAUUUGAAAUUAGGGUAGAGACAUGCCCCCUCUCCCCAUAGGUUAGGAGGCUGAGCCAGGCUAUGUAUUUAGCCUUUCUUCCUCUUUUCCCACAUACAUGUAAAGACUUCUUCAGGAGUUUCUUUUUGAUUUGUGUAAGACAGUAUGAGAAACUUGAUAAACCCAAGAACUUUACCUGAAACAUGCCCUCCUGGUAGUUAGUAAAACAGAAUAGCUGAAGAUAUCAUUGCUGAGUUGGAUUGAGUAGGCAUGGGAGGGCUGAUGUGGAAGGUCCUGCCUGUUGCUGCCUGUUGGAGGGAGAGUUGACAGAGUGCUGCAAACUCAGAUUUUAGAUAGGAUUCAGGUUUCUGGCCAUACGUAUUAUAAGACUCCUCAGCUGUCAUCUCUGAACUGAUUCUAUUUAGGAUGCCAGAAAGAGUGCAAAUGAAUUCCCCAAACUCGAAGAUGUUCAAGAUUCCAAAAGUUCUAAAUCACAGCCAUAUGUUAUUGAAUUUAGGAAAAGCAAUGAAUUUAUCGUUUGUCAUUGUAAAUUUAGGAAAAGCAAUGAAUUUAUUACCUGUCUUUAUGAACAGCUUUGACUUUGGACUAUGCUUUGCAAAACCAAAAUCAUGACUUGGCCAUCUUAUAAGCAAGUCCUCAGAACAAGGACAGGUGGGACCAGCUCUAUCCUGGUGGGUUUGUGGAUUAGCUGGGCGCGCCCUCUUUACUGUCAUUCUUUGUCAUAAAGUAUGGGAGGCCACAUGCUCUGGGAUGCUUGGAUGGAAGAAAAGAUAGUCUGCCCUGCUUCUCUCUACUUUGUUGAAAGACCCAGUUGGCUGUGCCACCACUCUGCCUUUCUCUUCCGUUACUCCCACUUUGCCUGGAGGAAAUGCCACUGUUAGGCCCCUACUUCUGUCUGGGAGGUAUUUUGACAUUGUCAAGAUUAGCAGACAAUAUACUUGAUGCCUAAAACUAUACUCAUUACCCUGGUAACCAAGUAAAUCCAAGUUUAUUUUGGUUCUUCUCUGUUGCCCUUUCCCAAAAAUGGAAUUCAGGAUAGCAGUAUUUUUCUUCGUAUUAACAGUUGAGACUUUUAAGAAAAAAUAAAGAGAGUAACUGUUGGAGUGGCUCAUCAUCUCCCAGAGUUGGCCCUGGCUGACUUUACUCCACUGUAGUCAACUGAAGGACUCGGAUGGUUAAGAUGAGUCAGCUUCAGGAUGGGGGAUCCUGAGAGCAGGAUGCACCAUGUGCUCAGAGCCCUCUACCAAGGUGUACUUCCUUGGGAUUAUAACUUGAUAAAACCGGAAACGUCUGCUACAGCUCUAGGUUUUUUAGUAUAAAGCUCAAGGCCAAGGUAAAUGAGGCACUUGGGAACAGAGUUAAUCCUUGUACCAGGCUAGGAGGUUGUAAGCCUCUCAGACUGAGUGUCCAAAAUACCAGCAUGUAGGUUCUAUAUUUAACUGCAGGUGGGUGUUAACUUUUAUUUUGAUCACCUUGUAGUCUUUAAACCCUUGGUCUCUGAGGCCAGGUCCACAGCUUGCCUUCCAGUCACUUGCCUGCCCUUCUGUGGUGGUCAUUGUGUUAAGCUGGUAGAAUGGAAUCAGUCACUAAUCUUUGUGUCCUGUCUUGGCUGGGUCCGUAUAGGAGCAGCUUAGCUCUAAGGCCCAGAGAACCUUUAUUCCUCUUUCUCCAUGAAGGAGAGAAAUUGAACUGGUGAAAACUGUCUUCUGCAGCAUGGGAAGAAGAAAAUAAAAUCUCCUUUCCAACAA